AUGACCGUCGACAGUACAAUGGAAAGCUUUCUCAGAGAACUUCCUAAGUGUGAGCAUCAUGUUCACUUGGAAGGAACAUUGGAGCCAGAACUUCUUUUCAAACUCGCCAGCAGGAACAACGUGAAACUUCCAGAAGGCUACCCCAAGACAGUUGAAGAGCUCUCGUACAGAUACGAGCACUUCAAGGACCUCCAGGAUUUUCUUGACUUGUACUAUGUUGGCAUGUCAGUUUUGCAGAAGGAGCAGGACUUUGAGGAUUUGGCCUGGGAGUACUUGAACAGAGCCCACAGUGAGGGUUUGGAGCAUGUCGAGUGCUUUUUCGACCCACAGGGACAUACAGAGAGGGGAAUCGGUAUGGAUGUUGUGAUUCAUGGAUUUAGAAAUGCAUUGACCAGAGCAGAGAAGGAGCUUGGAAUAUCAACAAAGCUCAUCAUGUGUCUUUUGAAGCACUUGCCGGUGGCCAACAGCUUGCAAACCAUGAAGGAUUUCAAGCCAUACUACCAGAAAGGCUGGAUCCACGGUUUGGGACUGGACUCGACCGAAAUCGGAAACUUGCCGGAAAAGUUCACCGAGUGCUACAAAUACGGCCGGGAGAACUACCCAGAAGGAUCUCUCUACACUUCUCAUGCGGGUGAGGAGGGUGGCCCAGAAUAUGUGGAGCAAGCACUCAAAUACUUGAAGGUGAGCCGUAUUGAUCACGGAAUCCACUCGGUUGAAGAUCCGGUCAUUAUGAAGACUCUUGCCGAGAGAGAUAUUCUACUCACGGUCUGUCCACUUUCCAACAAGCGUCUACAGGUUGUGGAUGAUGUCUCAGAGGAGCCAAUCAGAGAGCUUCUCGAAAGCGGUGUACCCUUCUCAAUCAACAGUGAUGAUCCGGCAUAUUUUGGUGGCUACAUCUUGGAUAAUUACCUGGCCGUGCAGAAUGCGUUUAAUUUAAGUGUUGAGAACUGGAUCACGAUUGCACGCAACUCUGUGAGGUGUUCUGUGAUCGACGAUUCUAGAAAAAACGACCUCUAUACGAUGAUCGACAAGUGCUUCCACAAAUAUGAGGCCUUGCUGGGUUAG